CUCUAUGUUUGGAGGUGCACUCGCUGUGGCAGAGGGAGCUCUCUCUGUAUUCUCAGUUUCUAACAAAAGAGGAUUGGAUAUGUCCCCUGUUGAACCACGGCUCUCCUCACACUUUCUCCAACGGCUUGAACAUUUGUAACCCAGCUUUUUCGGAGUUGAUCCUGUUUACUGGUCAAAAUGUCUUACCCAAUCAGCUCCCAGCCUCACGCAACUCAGGGCUAUGCGACCAGCAGCCAGUGGAAUUCCGAAGUGUUCGACUGCUUUGAAGACAUGGGCAUCUGUCUUUGUGGAACAUUUGUCCCCUGUAUCUUGGCUUGUAAGGUAGCCUCAGAUUUUGGCGAGUGCUGCUGUCUCCCUUGCCUUGGAGGCACCGUGCUGGCCAUGCGUACCGGCAUCCGAGAACGUCAUCGCAUUCCGGGCACUAUUUGCAAUGACUGUGUAUGCCUCACAUUCUGCACCCCAUGCACUCUCUGUCAGUUGGCCCGUGAGGUGAAAGCCAGGAAAUAAAGAAAGCAACAUUAGUGCUUGAGAUGCAGACAGAUAUAUUAUAAUUAGACAUCCUAUGGACAAAUCUAAAGAAUGUAAGAAUUGAAGGAACAGAAGAGAAAAAUCUUCCCGGACCAAAGAUACAUUUAUUAUAAAGAGUUAGCUUCUCUAUGCAGCAAAAAACUAUGUAAUCAAGCAUAUUGCGAAUAUACUUUUUAUUUUUUUUUAA